AUGGCCCUGUACUGCGGCGACAACUUCGGCGUGUACUCGCAGCCCGGGCUCCCCCCGCCCGCCGCCGCCGCCGCUGCCGCCACCCCGGGCGCGCCCCCGGCCGCCAGGGCGCCCUACAGACUGGCAGACUACACCGCGCCGCCGGCCGCCGCCGCCAACCCCUACCUGUGGCUCAACGGGCCCGGCGUGGGCGGCCCGCCCUCCGCCGCCGCAGCCGCCGCCGCUGCGUAUCUGGGCGCCCCGCCGCCGCCGCCGCCGCCGCCGCCCCCCGGGGCCGCCGCCGGACCCUUCCUGCAGCCGCCGCCCGCCGCCGGCUCGUUCGGUUGCGCGCCGCGGCCCUUUACGCAGUCGGCGCCCGCCGCGCCCGCCUCGCCCGCCGGGCCCGCGGCUCCUGGUGAGUUGGGCUGGCUAUCCAUGGCCAGCCGCGAGGACUUGAUGAAGAUGGUGCGGCCGCCCUACUCGUACUCGGCGCUCAUCGCCAUGGCCAUCCAGAGCGCGCCCGAGCGCAAGCUCACCCUCAGCCACAUCUACCAGUUCGUCGCGGACAGCUUCCCCUUCUAUCAGCGUAGCAAGGCCGGCUGGCAAAACUCCAUCCGCCACAACCUGUCGCUCAACGACUGCUUCAAGAAGGUGCCCCGCGACGAGGAUGACCCAGGGAAAGGUAAUUACUGGACUCUGGAUCCUAACUGUGAGAAAAUGUUUGACAAUGGAAACUUCCGUCGGAAGCGAAAACGCCGCUCUGAGGCCAGCAGCAGCUCCACAGUGGCUGCAGGGACACCAAAAUCAGAAGAAGGGCUGGCCUCAGGACUUCCAGGGGCUGGAGUAGGUGGAAAGCCAGAAGGAGACAGCCCCUCCUCUCUGCUGAGAGCUUCACAGUCCCCAGAGCCUCCUGAGGGCACCAAGAGUACUGCCUCCUCUCCAGGAGCAUCCACGCUCACCUCCACCCCGUGCCUCAGCACCUUCUUCAGCAGCCUCAGCACCUUAAGUGUCAGCACCAGUGGGAGCACCCCACGAGCCAUCUCUGGCAGCCGCCACCUCGGGAUCCAGGGGGCCCAGCUGCCUUCCAGCAGCACAUUCCCCACCACCUCCAUUUCCGAGGCCUCACCAGACACCUUGCAGCUGAGCAACAGCCCUGGUGCUGGCAGCAGCCAGCGAUCUUCCUACUAUAGCCCUUUCCCUGCCAGCACCAGUGGGGGCCAAAGCAGCCCUUUCAGCAGCCCCUUCUACAACUUCAGCAUGGUCAACAGCCUCAUCUACCCCCGGGAGGGCUCUGAAGUGUAA